UUCCGCGUUAAUACCCGCCGCAGGCUAUAUGGGCAGUGUAAUGUCAGCGUGUAACGUAUAGCGUGUAAUGCAAGACCUUCUUAAGUUGACUGUGGUACAUGUUAAAAUUUGCAUUUAUACCCAGAGACAAAAAGAGGAAAUGUGUCUUUCUGUACUCGCCUCUUCUGCUUUCGCGACUUUAAUUCUCUAAUAUCGGUGGAGGACACAAAAAGGUAAGGUAAGAUGAGGGACCGACUGUGUGAGCUGCAGGCCUUUACACCUGCAGAGCAGGAGCGCAGGCCUGAGGAAAGUGAAAGACUCACCGAUGAUCAUGACGAGCCUCUGGAGCAGCAUGCCAUCGUGUUUGAGGGCGAAGACAUGAUGGAUGGCAUCUACAAGGACGCUCAAGCAAUGAGGAAGGAGAUCCAGUUGCUCAGAUUGGAUGUUAAACGUCUGGGGAAGCAGAACACCAGGUUCCUCACAUCAGUCAGGAGGAUCAGCAGCAUCAAGCGGGACUCCAAUGCACUGGGAAGGGAUAUCAAGGCCAGAGGGGAGGCCAUUUAUAAAAGGCUGGAGAAGAUGGGGAAGCUGAGCAAGGAGCUGGAGGAGGACCAUGGGGUUACAUCAGCUUUGGCUCGCAUGGUGCGCUCACAGUAUGUGUCUUUGACCAGCGCCUUCCACAGUGCCAUGUCUGAAUACAAUGAGGCCGAAAUGGCCCAAAGGGAGAAUUGUAAAACCCGCAUCCAGAGGCAAGCAGAGAUUAUGGGCAAGGAGGUGACCAGGGAGCAGAUAGACGAAAUGAUUGAGACAGGGAAAUGGAAUGUCUUCUCAGAUAAUCUCCUGCUGGAAGGGAGGACUGCAAAAUCUGCUCUCAACGAGAUUGAGAACAGGCACAAGGAGCUGCUGGAGCUGGAGAGCCGCAUCAGGGACAUUCACGACCUUUUCUUCCAGAUGGCGCUUCUGGUGGAGGAGCAGGGCUGCAUGCUAGACAACAUAGAAGCAAAUGUAUGCGCAACUGAGGACUACGUAGCUAAAGCUGCAGCACAGAUCAAGCAGGCCGUGAAAUACAAGAAAAACAAUCCAUGCAAGAAGCUCUUUUGUUGUUGUUUCCCGUGCUGUAACUGAGGCAGCAUCAAUGAUUUUUUUUUUUUCACCAGAAUGUCUAGAUUAGUUUAAAUCAACUUUCUCUGCAAAUGUUUCUCAAAUGUAGCUCACAUGUAAGUGUUUUUCUGCUGUUGAUAUUAUUUUCUUCUCUUAGUUGAUACCAAAAAGUCAGAGUCAUUCAAACCACACACACAUAUGCAAAUAUAUACAGUGCGAUAAUGAU